AUUCCGGUGUCAGUGACAGUUAUCCCAGCGGCGUCCGUGCCAGUGUGGCGAAAAUUUUGUGUGCAUUAUUAUUUAAAAUCGCAGAAGUUUUACGAAAUAUCCAUUGAAAAUGCAUAAAACUAUUACGACACUCAAGUGUCGCCUUUGCCAAGAACAGCAGGAAGUGAUGAUACCAAUAUAUGACAGCACUACAGCCAUGACAGGACAGCGAUCCAUUCCCGACAUGGUUUCCGCUUUCGUCGGUUCAGAGGUGGAGCGAUAUGAUCGCUUGCCCAAGAGCAUCUGCCAAAUGUGUCACGACCAGUUGGUAGAGUCUCAUCAGUUUUCGCUGGCAUGCCGGCGGGCGAGGCUUGAACUGGAGCAGCCACAAACAACAUCCGACCAGCGAUGCCUUGUAUGUCACGAUUCAGUCAACGAGGAAGCUACCCAAGAGAACGCUUCGGCCUGCCAGAGAUGGGGCAUGAGUAUGAACGAUAUGAUACAAAGGUUGAGUGGAACGGUGAAACGGAUCAAGAACCUACCGAUCCACCCUUUGGUUUGCGAGAGCUGUCUGCAGAAAAUGGACUGUGCGUACGUGUUCAAGAACCGGUGUCUCAAAUCGGAGGCCAACUGGCUCCAGAAGGUGUCCCAUCCGUGGGAAAGGAUGGAAGUGGACAAAAACGAUCCGGACCAGCUGGUUAUCGAGCUGUCAGCGGAUAUUGUCCGGGAGCAGCAGGGCGACCAAGCUGGAAUGGGACACUGCUCGGUUUGUCUGUUGGAAGUGGAUUUGAACACGAUGGGUAAGAAGUGCAACGGAUGUUUGCUACCGUUUCGAAGUGUAGCCAAAAAAUCACGGAUAGAAGCUGCGGCUAUUGAAGGUGGAGUGGCAAUCGAGUCGCAGGAUAACGAAAUCGAAACCGACGACCCCGACGACGUUCAAGAGGAAAUAGAUUCAAACGAUCCUCCAUCAGAAAAUGAUUCGAAUCCAGGAGAAUCAGGUUCGGACUCCGAUGAUGCCCAAGCGCAGAAAGACCCUAGAUACGUGCGGGUUAAAACCCUGGUUUACAGAUGUUGCAUACAGGGUUGUUACAACAAUCACGCGACGGAAGAAGAUCUUAUUAAUCACUACGAAUUGGUACACGGUGGAAGUGACGCGAGAAAAGCACAAAAAUUCUAUUGCCAAUACUGUGAUAGACCAUUUCCAAAUGAAUCUUUUCUUUUGGAUCACCGCAAACAUCGCAGAAUUCAGUAUCGCUGUCAAAUCGAGGGUUGUAAUUUAACUCGAUCUUCCGAAGCAUUAAUCCUACUGCAUUGCAACGAAAAUCCGCACAGACCUUUUAGCCACAGCAAAUGGGAUACGUUGCGAAAAAAUACCAGCAUACGGAAAAACCUGACUCCAACGUUGGACCAUUUUGAAGUGAUCGGUUCCCAGGACGCACACACAGACAUUUUGAAGCGGAAAUCCGAAUUUUGCUGCCGAUGUUUUGCGUUGUUCGAAACCAUAGAAGAACGCGAUGCCCACUGUCGGGCCCAUGGAGUUCAAAAAGAUUUCCCAAUGCAUUGUGAAACGUGCGGUCUAGGUCAACCGAACAAAACGAAACUGGUCAGACACCAGAACAUGAGAGACCAAAGAACACACUACUACUGCCGGACGUGCGACAAAAUGCUCUGGUUGAAGGUGAGCUACUCGCGCCACCGGGGAGUGUACCAUUUUCCGAAAGAACUGGAACAAAAGAUUGGAACCGAGUGCAACGAUUUCAUCGCCUGCUGUGGUUGUUACGAAACAUUCACCACGGAAGCCGCCAUACAGGCGCAUCGCAAGGAAAAACACCCGCCUACUGAUGAGCCGACAAAGGCCGGCCAAUUCAAAUGCGACAAAUGCCAGAUGAUCCUCAAGAGCUUGAAGCAGCACGAUGCUUUGAACAAGCUCAAACUUUCCUACGUGUGCAUGGUGCCUGAUUGUGCUUACCGGAGCAAGUAUAAGGGACGAAUAAAUACGCACAUUGUGGCUAACAUCCAUCAUAAUGCCGAAGGCGUUAAAGUAAAUCCACGGCCUCCCAAACAACCAGAUCCAUACCCCCGAAAACCAUCCAAUUUCAUGUGCUGUGUGUGUCCUACGCACACCGAGACCGAGUACGAGAAGCUUGUAGAACACAGCCAAACUCUGCACGGGGAAAAGCGCGAUCAUAACAGGAAAGCCUAUCAAAAUCGCAAGUGCGAUUUCCAAUGUCCCGUUUGCUUGAAGGUGUUCGACCAGAGGGCGAAACUGGUGCGCCAUCAGCGAAGAAACAGAACGUUCUUCUGCACUGGUUGUGCCAAAUCGGUACUCAAUACCGAACGGUUGUCUCAUAAAACUUGUGCUCAGAAGGUGAAAUGCGAGCUUUGCGGCAAACUAUUCGUAACGGAUCAAAAUCUCAGAAUUCAUCUAAAAAACUUGCAUUCGGGAAACCAAGAAGGAAUACGGAAAAGCGUUUGCUCUGUUUGCGGGAAAGCGGUGUUAAAUUUAAAGGCUCAUAUGGCAAGCCAUGAAAACAAGCGGUCAUGGGAAUGCAACAUAUGUCACGCCCGUUUCAACUUAUUUCCAGUAUACGUCAUGCAUCAAAGAGUGCACGAUGGCCUGCGGAACUAUGCUUGUCGUCAGGGUUGCGACAAGCGGUAUAAGGCGUCCGGUGAUCGCGAUCGUCACGAGAAGCUGGUGCACCUGGGGAUUAGGCCGUUUGGGUGCGACCUGUGUGAAUCCUCGUUCGUGCGGGAACGGGACCUCCGAUUGCACGUGCAGAGACACACGGGGCGAAAACUGUAUCCCUGCGAUCAAUGCCAAGCCGGCUUCGAUAGGAAGACAGAUUUCGAGGAGCACGUCAAAGAGCACACUGGUCAGAGUAGAGUUAAAAAGGAGUGUUAGGAUAAGGUCACUUGGCAUAAAGACAUUUGGUAUAACGGUCAUUUGGCAUAAUGAACACUUGGCAUAUUAAAGAAGGAUGCAUUUCGGUUAUGACAAAUGGCUUUAUGCCUUCUAUCUUUUUUUAUUGAUAAUUAGGCUGACACAAAUUUCGAUUUUCUCUUAUGUCACCGCCCCCUUGGACAAUUUUGGUCGAAAUUCAACAUUUUGAGGGGGGACACCAAUAAAUUAUAAAAGAAAUUUUAAAAUUUUAAGGUGAAAUUAGAGUUGCACAGAAAAUGUCUUAACAAAUCCGAUGAGUUUAUAGAUUUUGCCGAAUUGUUUGGGUAUUUCUUCGUCAAAUACAUUUAUUAUUUAUUGUCCUCCCCCUUAGCGAGGCAACGAGUAUUGUGACAAAAGAAGAAAAUGUGAUUUGUUCCGGCC